GCUUAUUUGCCGCACAGACUCAACGCCUAUAGAGGAGGUACUGACCUGGUGCUUGGGUCAGACCAACCGACUGCGUAAUAGGAGAGCACUACCAAGAAGUGAGUCGAUUCUUUCCUCACCGCUGGGUCUCACCCUGACGGAACGCCGCAACAUUGCUAAUCUUUGUCUGGACUCUAAAGCUACCAGCAAUCAACUGCAUUCAACCGCAGUUUCCCAGCUUAGCCCGUCGCGAUGGCCCACUCAACUGCCUUCAUGCCCCCCAAGGUGCUCAUCUUCGGCUCUCAAAUCCUCUCUUUUGACGCAGGGUCCGGACGGAAACUCCGGGAUCGGGUUGUUAAUGACCCCGCCUUGGCCUGGGCUCCCAGCGUGAUUCGGGAAUUGCCCGGUCUAUGGAAAGUCAUUUCUGAGUCCUUGCCGAGUCUUCGCGCUCUCCCCGGAGAAGCGCUCCUGAAGUGCCUCGAAGAGUGGAUGGGUACUGGGGUGAUCCCCGAGACGGCCUACCCACUGCCGAAUGUGGUGCUGACGCCGCUGGUGGUGCUGUUCCACCUCGCUCAAUAUAGCCGUAUGUUCAGUUCAUCCAAUCCAGCUUUUGAUCUCUACGAUAUACCUCUCUUCACAUCCACCGAGUUCCUUGGGCUCUGCACAGGCAUUCUGGGUGCUGCCGCUGCAGCGGCGUCGUCACGACGAGAAGAUUUGCAACACUUUUCUCCCAUCGCCGUUCGUCUGGCGAUGGUAAUUGGCGCCAUAGUCGACGCGAAGGACCGAUCGGAAGGCGAAGCACGGUCUAUCUCUGUUGGAUGGAGCACCCCGCCCCUUGGUGACCGCAUCAAUGAAAUACUAACUCGUUACCCGGGCGCGUACGUUUCGGUUUGGCAAGACGAAACGCGGGCCACAGUGACGUGCCCCGGCAAGGAGACAUCCGCCCUCAAGUCAGACCUUCUUGAAGCAGGCGUGAGCAUCGCCGACGUCAGCCUCCAGGGCCGCUUCCACUACCAGGGUCACCUGGACGACGUGCAGCUCGUUGAAGCCCUGUGCGACAAGUAUCCUUGGUUCCAGCUGCCCGACGCCAGCCAACUUGCCUUUCCGUUGAGGUCCAACGCCGGGGACUUCAUCACGACCGGGAAGCUCCACCAUCACAUUGUGCGUUCCAUGCUGGCCGUUGAGGCAGACUGGGCCACGGCCUUUGCGCGAGUGCAACGCACGGUACUGGAGAACGGGCUAUGUCAGGUGCUUGGCUUUGGGCCUGAGAGCUGCGCGCCUGCGUCGCUCGUCAGGAAGCUUGGAUCUCAGUUCACUCAUCUCACGGCCCUAGACGUGGCACGGACGGCUCUCUUUACCAAGGUCUCCGGACUGGACGGUCCGCCGGACUACAGAAGUCGAGUGGUCGAGAACGGCAUCGCAGUGGUAGGGAUGGCCUGCCACAUGCCAGGGGCAGCCGACAUGGAUGAGUUCUGGUCCAUUCUGCGCGACGGCAGAUCGCAACAUAUCGAGGUGCCACCGGAGCGCUUUGGCUUUGAAACGGCGUGGCGCGAUGGGGAGGGCUCGAGAAAGUGGUAUGGUAACUUCGUCAAAGACCACGACGCGUUCGACCACAAGUUCUUUAAGAAGAGCCCCCGCGAGAUGUCGUCGACGGACCCGCAGCACCGACUGAUGCUGCAGGUCGCAUACCAAGCGGUGGAGCAGUCCGGGUACUUUAAUCGGCUGCAGGACGACGUGGACAAGCACAUCGGAUGCUACAUUGGUGUUGGCCUCGUUGACUAUGAACGCAACAUUGCCUGCGCCCCGGCGAAUGCGUACUCGGCGACCGGCAAUCUCAAGAGCUUUGCGGCGGGCAAGAUCAGCCAUCACUUUGGUUGGACCGGCCCUGGGCUGACCGUAGACACGGCGUGUUCUUCGUCCGCUGUAGCCGUCCACAUGGCUUGCCGGGCCAUCUUAUCGGGCGAAUGCACGGGGGGCGCGCUCGCCGGCGGCGUCAAUGUCAUGACCAGCCCGGAAUGGUUCCAGAAUCUCGCCGGGGCCUCGUUCCUCAGUCCAACCGGGCAGUGCAAGCCCUUCGACGCAGCGGGCGAUGGCUACUGCAGAGCCGAGGGCGUCGGCGCCGUGUUCCUGAAGAAGCUGUCAUCGGCCAUCGCGGACGGCGAUCACAUCCACGGGGUUAUCGCCGCCAGCACCGUGUACCAAAACCAAAGCUGUACCCCGAUCACGGUCCCGAACGCGCCCUCUCUGGCCGACCUCUUUUCCCACACGGUGGCAGACGCUGGCCUGCGCCCCAGCGACAUCACAUACAUUGAGGCGCAUGGCACUGGCACCCCCGUGGGCGACCCUGCCGAAUACGCGGGGAUCCGAAAGGUCCUCGGCGGUCCGUCUCGGUCCCAAACUGUCUCUCUCGGCUCGGUCAAGGGACUUGUGGGCCAUACCGAGUCGGCGUCGGGAAUAGCGGCCCUGCUCAAAACUCUGGUCAUGUUAAACAAAGGAGCCAUUCCGCCGCAGGCCAGCUUCCGCACCAUCAACCCAGCCAUCGAGGCGGCGCCGGAUGAUAAUAUCGACAUUGCAACCACCCCGCGGCCGUGGGAUGCCGACUUCCGGGCCGCCCUCAUCAACAAUUACGGUGCGUCGGGCUCCAAUGCAUGCUUGGUGGUCACUCAGGGGCAUAGGGCGGGCGGGAAUAUAAAAGCACCAGCAGGAGUAGGCCUAAAGUACCCGUUCUGGCUCUGCGCAAACGACGACAAGAGCCUCCGCGCAUACUGUGCUCGCCUGCGCAGACUCGUGGCCUCGGUGCACCAACACGAAGUAGAGGAAGCCGAUAGAGGCAUCGCUGAGGCAUACAUGCUGGCAAACCUGUCUUUUCAAGUGUCUCGGCAAUCAAACCGGUCACUUCCCAGCUCGCUCACCUUCUGUUCCACCUCUCUCGGGGACUUGCAAGGGAAGCUGGCAGGGUUGGAAAUGCAUCCAAGCCAGACCAUCCCGGGUUCGGUGCAUUCCACCCAGCCUGCUGUCAAGCCAGCUGUUAUUCUGUGCUUUGGUGGGCAAAACUCCACCAGUGUCGCUGUAGACCGCGUCCUCUACGACCACGUCACCGUCUUCCGCCAGCACCUGGAUCGAUGCGAUGCCGUGUGCCGCUCGCUGGGCCUGGAGAGCCUCUAUCCCGUCAUUUUCCAACGGACCCCGGCGAAGGAUGUUGUCAAGCUCCAGACGAUGCUCUUCGCGUCCCAAUAUGCGUGUGCGAUGAGUUGGCUCUCUUGUGGACUACAACCCUCCGCCGUCGUGGGGUUCAGCUUUGGCGAGCUGACGGCCUUGUGUGUCGCGGGUGCACUGUCUCUCGAGGCGGCACUCGGGAUGGUUUCCGGACGUGCCCGUGUCAUCGAGGUGAAAUGGGGCCGGGACUCCGGGGCUAUGCUGGCUAUCGAAGCGGAGCAAGAGCAAAUCGAGAAGCUGUUGCGUGUAGCCGCGGCGAGGAGCGACGAUGAGGGCGCUUCCAUCGCGUGCUUCAACGGCCCCACGAGCUUUACCCUGGCCGGAUCCACGAACGCAAUCGACUCCGUGGCGGAGACACUGUCUGGGAACCCCGAGUUUGCAGGAAUCCGGAACAAGAGGAUUGACGUUACUAAUGCGUUCCAUUCCUCGCUCGUGGAGCCGCUGGUGGAAGAUCUGGAAGGUGUAGGCGCGGUUCUGCGGUUUAAGCCGCCAGCGAUCCCGAUAGAGCAUGCAACCGAGUUUGAGCUCCCGUCCAAGGAGCUGGGAGCCAAGUAUGUGGCCGACCACAUGCGGAAGCCGGUCUACUUCUCGCACGCGGUGCGGAGAAUCGCCGAGAAAUACCAGGACCGUGUCUGGCUCGAAGCGGGAUUCAACUCAACCAUCACGUCCAUUGCCAGCCGUGCCGUGACCCCGUUGAAGAAGGGUUCACACAAAUUCCAAGCUUUCAAUACGGCUACAGAUAACAACAGCAGCCUCGAUCUCUUGGUGGAUGCGACGCUUCACCUGUGGAACUGGGGGCUGAACGUUUUGUAUUGGCCGCACCAUGCCUCGCAGAGGGCUCAAUAUCUCCCCAUGUUCCUCCCGCCAUACCAGUUCGAGAAGUCAAGACAUUGGAUGGAGCUCAAGGUAGCCACUAAACCUAACAUGCUCGCGAAUGGGAACCACCAAACCACCGCCGUGGCCCAACAGCAACAACGCCAGCUGGGACUUUGGUCCCCAGUUGAUUCUCAAACUAGCAACGGCAGCUGCAGGCAUGCACGGUUCCUGGUCCACACGGCGAGCGCCGAAUUCGACGAGCAUGUCAGGGCGCACGUCAUUGCGCAAACGGCACCGCUCUGCCCCAGCACGCUCCAACUACACAUUGCCGUCGACGCCCUGAUGAGCAUCCAGCCCGAUGGUCAUGGGGCCUCCCGCCAGCCUCGGCUUCGUGGCAUGACCAGCCAUACCCCACUCUCCCUCGGCGGAACAGAGCCCGUUUGGCUAGAUGCUGAGUCCCUCGACGCGGAGUCGCGGAUCUGGGCGUGGAAGAUGAGCAGUGCCGAAACCGUGUACGUCUCGGGCACGCUCGUCUUUUCAGCGCCCGACGACCCGGACUGGCGAGACGAUUUCUCCCGCUAUGAGCGCCUGGUCGGCUGGGACCGCUGUCAGCGGCUGCUUAGCGAUGUCGACCCGGACGAGGUCGUCAAGGGCCCUAAGAUCUACAGCCGCUUCGCCGAUAUUGUGCAAUACGGGGACAUGUACAAGGGCGUAGCCAAAAUUGUGGGAAAAGGCACCGAAUCCGCAGGCCGGGUCGUGGCGGAUAUCACUACGCGGAGCAACAGCAGCCACAAGUCGUGGCUUCACACGGGUCUGGCCGACUCGUUUUGCCAGGUAGCCGGCAUCUUUGUUAACACCAUGACGGACAAGUUGGCGAGCGAGAUCUACAUAUCCGACAGGAUUGACCAGUGGUUACGUUCCCCCGAUGGCCUCCAAGCGCCUGACGGGGACGGGAGCGUUCGACCCGAGACAUGGGAGGUUCUCGCGCUGCAUCAUCGUCGUUCGGAGAAGGAAUAUCUCAGCGAUGUGUUUAUAUACGACCCCCGCACCGGCCGGUUGGCUGAAGUCAUUCUCGGCAUUCAUUACCGAAAGAUCCCAAAGGCGGCCCUGGCAAAAGCGCUUGCGAAAUUUGCCAUCUCCAGCGCCGCGGAUCCAGUCCGCCAACUUUCUUCCGCUGAGCGCGCAAUCGGGGAGACGACGGUUACAAACGGACACUAUCACCAAGGUCCGUUGCCACUCCAGUCACAUCAGGAGCCGGUUAAUGGUGUCAACCAGAGAGAGAGAAAACAGCAGAAGGCUGACUCGGGCAUCUCAAACCGGGUCCGGGACAUCAUCGUGAAUCUCUCGGGGCUCGAGCCGGAGCAGAUCAAGGCGGAUGCGGACCUCGUGGAACUUGGCAUCGACUCUCUCAUGGGAAUGGAAUUGGCCCGCGAGAUUGAGUCUGCCUUCAAGAUCACGCUAAGGAAUGACGAGCUGAUGGCGCUGACAGACUUCAAGAGCCUAGUCUCCUGCGUACAGAAGCAUGCUUCCCCUUCGAACCAGCAUGAAGCGCCGGAGGAGGAAGAAGAACACGAAGAGGGGACGAGGCCAGCAGCGCAUUCUUCUACUCUUACAGAUGGCGUGAAUGGUAUCAACGGUACCGCCCAUCACCACAACGGCAUCACCCAGCAUAAUGUGGACAGCGCCGUCCAUUUGCCCAGUGACACUGUCUUGGACGCCUUCGCAGAAUGCCGGGAGGCCACCGAUGACUUCAUACGAGAGUGGAACAUGGCUGGCUACGUCGACAAUGUGAUGACCAAAUCGACCGAGCUCUGUGUCGCGCACAUUGUCGACGCAUUUGAGCAGCUGGGCUGUCGCCUCCGCAGCGCUAAGCCUGGGGAGGUGCUCAGCGGGAUCCAGCAUCUGCCGCGCCAUAAGCAGUUCGUCGAAUGGAUGUACGAGCUUCUCGAGAAGGAGGCGCGGCUGAUCGACAUUGGCGCAUCCGGCAUCAUGACACGUACGGCCGUCUCGCUGCCGACCAAGCCCGCCGAAUCGCUGUACCGAGACUUGACCAGCAAGUACCCGGAGCACCGGUACGAUCACGAGCUUACCUACCUAGUUGGCGGUAAGCUUGCCGAUUGCCUGUCGGGGAAGCUGGACGGCCUGCAUCUUAUCUUCGGGACGCCGCAGGGACGCGAGAUCGUGUCGGGCAUGUACAGCAAGUCCCCGAUCAACCUGGUUUGGGUGAAGCAGAUGGAGUUCUUCCUACGCCAGCUCUUCGGCAGGCUGCGGCACGAUGAAGGUACAAUCCACAUUCUGGAGAUGGGGGCUGGGACCGGCGGCACGACGGCUAAGAUGCUACCGUUGCUUGCUAGCCUCGGCUUGCCGGUGCGGUACACCGUGACAGAUCUGUCGUCGUCUCUGGUGGCGGCGGCGCGGAAGCGCUUCGCCAAGGAGUACCCGUUUGUCCAGUUUCGGACGGUGGACAUCGAGCAAGAACCCGCGGCAGACCUGUUGCAUUCGCAGCACGUCGUCCUGGCGACCAACUGCGUACACGCCACGCACAGCCUAGAGAGGUCAACGAGCAAUAUCCACAAAGUACUGCGGUCCGAUGGGUUCCUGAUGAUGCUAGAGAUGACUUUGCCCGUGCCAUGGGUCGAUCUUACCUUUGGCCUGAUCGAGGGCUGGUGGCUGUUCGACGACGGGCGACGACACGCUCUCGCGCCACCAAACGUGUGGGAGGCGACACUACGUUCCGUCGGGUACGGCCACGUGAGCUGGACGGAUGGGCAACUCCCCGAGUCCGAAGUGCAGCGUAUCAUCAUCGCGCUCGCGUCGGGGCCAAGGUAUGACCGAUCCCACAAACUCCCUCCUUCCAGUACCUCCGCCGCGCAACUUGACAAGCCGUCAUCACAACAUGAACAUCAUGAUUCAGUCGCUGACAUGGUGAAACGCCAAGCCGUCAUUGACGCCUACGUCGAACAAUAUACGCGCGGAUUUGAGCAAUUCCUAGUGCCCGGUCCGGAAGAGGAGAGGGAGCAAGAUGAUGAACACCAAGGGGUUGAAGACCGGGAACACGAAGGGUCAGUGGUCCUAGUCACUGGCGCAACUGGAAGCCUAGGUUCCCACGUGGUAUCCCAUCUCGCCUCCCUGCCGUCUGUCAAGGAGGUCGUCUGCCUCAACCGACGGAGCAUUGCCAACGACCCAACGACCCGCCAGUAUGAUUCCCUGCGGUCCCGUGGCAUCGCACUCUCGGAGGAAGCUCUAGCCAAUCUCAGAGUGAUGGAAACAGACGCGUCCAAGCCCAUGCUCGGCCUGUCGGCUACCGAGCACGACCGGCUACGCAAGACGGUCACGCACAUUCUCCACAAUGCGUGGCCCAUGAGCAUCACACGCGGCGUCGAGGCCUUUUCUCCCCAGUUCCAGACCAUGCAGAACCUGUUAGCCCUCGCCGCAGCCGCGACAGUAAGAAGUAAAAGAAGAAUCGGGUUCCAGUUCAUUUCGUCCAUCGCCACCGUCGGGUGCUACCCCCUUUCCCCCGACGCCGGGGGCGUGACGCGAGUGCCCGAGGAGAGGAUGAAUCUGAGGGCGGUACUACCGACGGGUUACGGCGAUGCCAAGCUGGUCUGCGAGCGCAUGCUCGACACCACGCUACACCGCCAUCACCCUGAGCGGUUCCGGCCCAUGGUGGUGCGCAUCGCCCAGAUCGCCGGCUCGACCGCCAGCGGGUACUGGAACCCCGUCGAACACUUUGCCUUCAUGGUCAAGUCUGCCCAGACCCUGAGGUCGCUGCCAGAUCUGAAGGGGGAUCUGUCAUGGUGCCCCGUCAACGAUGUGGCCGCCGCUCUAAGCGAGCUGUUGCUUUCCGACCACUCGCCUCACCCCAUCUACCACAUCGAGAACCCCAGUCGGCAAUCAUGGGAAGCUAUGGUCCGUGUGCUCGCCGACGCGCUCGGGAUCCCGCUCGAGAACAUUGUUCCCUUCGAAGAGUGGAUCCGUCGAGUACGGCGGUUCCCCGGCUCGACCGAUGCUGACAACCCCGCCGCGAGGCUUGUUGACUUUCUGGAAAAUCACUUCGUGCGUAUGUCCUGUGGGAGCCUGGUUCUGGACACGGCAAAUGCCACGGAGCAUUCGCCCACCCUCCAGCAGCGGGGCCCGGUGACUCCCGACCUGGUGCGGAAAUAUGUGAAUGGGUGGAUGGGCAUGGGCUUUCUGCGAUAACUAUUACUAGAUAGGUAGAUGGGCAGCCAUUUCGAUUGGCGGCGUUGAAUAGAGCGCCAGGAAAUUCUUUUGCUGUUAGGUUAUUAUCUUGCAAUGUUGGCUUUCCUACAGUAGCUAUAUUCAAGUUUCAAUUUAGAUAGACAUCAACUACCUACGAAGCAGAAACUAGUAUAUCUGGA